AUGGCCAAAGAACACGACUUCUACAUUAGAGAAUUUAAAUGCGGUCUUUGUCCUAGAAAAUUUAUAUUAAACAAAUUUCUUGUAAGACAUGUAAAAAACCAACAUUUUAAAGAAAAGAACAAAGCUUGCGAUGUUUGUGGAGCUCAAUUUUUUGAUACGGCAAGACUGAAUCAACAUAAAAUCAGCCACAGUGAUGAGAAACCUUUCAAAUGUGAUGCUUGUGAUAAAACAUUUGCUAGACGUAAAACUUAUCGGCAACAUUUGAGAAUACAUUCUGACGAGAGAAAUUAUGUCUGUAAGGAAUGUGGCAAAGCGUUUGUACACUUUAGCGGCCUUGCAUGGCAUAAACAAGAGCAUGAGAAAGAUGAGACCGAAAAACAAAAUCUGUAG